AUGACAGGAUUAGCGGAAGAUGUGCUCAGUGUGAUCGCUAUGACAUUAGACCUUGAUCCAGCCUACUUUCGAGAAUUCUGCAGCGAGCCUGCUGCUGUCUUGAGACUGUUGCACUAUCCCCCUCAGGCUCCCGACGCUAGCGAGGAUGAGCGAGGCAUCGGUGCGCACACUGGUUUCGGCGGGAUCACACUUCUUCUGCAGGAUGAAGUGGGAGGCCUCCAGGUUUUCGAUGAACCCACUCUCUCAUGGAUCGAUGUCAAGCCUACGCCCGGUGCCUUUGUGGUCAAUUUGGGCAAUGUGAUGAUGAGAUGGUCCAAUGACCGAUAUGUUUCAAAUCUCCAUCGCGUCAUCAACAGCAGCGGCAAGGAACGCUACAGUAUACCGUUCUUCUAUUCAGGUAACCCUGACUUCGUGAUUGGGUGCCUUCCGGGGUGCGAGGACGGGUCGAGAGGGUCCAAAUAUGACCCUAUGAAGGUCCAGGACUGGAUCUUUGGGCGGCAUACCAACACAUUCAAGGAAGCCAAAGGAUUAAAUGAGCUGUCAGCCCUUGCAAAAGUGGCGUGA